GGCAGAUGAAUUAGUUGGCAUUCACUGUCUGCAUGGAGGGUGAGUUCGGCGCGCAGGGGGACAAAAUGUUGGGGAUGUAUGGAGUCACGACGCACGACGCAACGCUGUUCGUCAUGACCUGAAAGUGAAUCACGAUGGGAUUUCUUUGGUGACGUGGUAUUUAGGUUAGAUGCAAUUAGGCAUGGCUUGUAUGUGCUGCAUAUUUACCAGCAGCUUCAGCACAUAGCUGCUUACUGACACAGCUUCAUUUUUAUUUUAUUUUUAAUCAUCCAAAGCAGAAAUUCCGCCGCUGAUUUUUGCACCCUGAACUCUUGCACUAUAUUUUCCACGAAGUGAGGGGAGCGUGGCGCGCUGCUGGUGAAGUCAAGUGUUUGCGGAUUUCUCUGGGAGGACGCUGCUUGAUGCUUCGUGCACCUGUGGACGCACCGUGGACGCAUUUUGUGUUUCUUUCUUGUGCGUUUUUAUUUGAUUUUUAGGGUCUUUCCUGUAGCGUAAAGCGUCUGUCGGAUGCACGGCUGGAUCUCCAGCAGUCGGAGAGGUCUGGUCAGCUUCAGCACCACAUCAGCUUUGAACAGCGCCGGGUCUUCGCGUGUGGAUGGGCUCCGUCGGUCUCCGUGUCUCCAGCAGCAGCAGCUCCUAACGACCGGCAGCGAUGGCAUCACAGGGUUUCUGGUCUCUCGGUGGAGAUAAUGCGGGGGCCAACACCGGGAGUCAGAGCCCCAGUACGCCCAGGGCUUGGUGCCAAGCGGCGGCCCAGAAAUUAUCCGGAGGAAUUGGAUCGAAAUUAUGUGCGCUGCUCAAUGUCGGGGAGGUGGAGAAAGCCGCCGAUCCGACCGCCAAGCAGCAGCCGGGCACAGAGGCUGCUGGCACCUGCGGCUGCAACAACAAAUCCUGCAACUGCACCAAAACUGCCGUGGGCUUCUCCGACCUCUAUUCAACAGACCUGCUACCUGCCAUGGACGGCGACGCCAAAACAAUGACCUUCCUGCAGGAAGUUGUGGAUAUUUUACUGGCCUACAUCGUGGAGUCUUUCGACCGGGAAACGAAAGUUAUUGAUUUUCAUUAUCCAAACGAGCUGCUUCAGAUGAACAACUGGGAGCUGCAGGGCGAGCCGGCCACGCUGGAUGAUAUCUUGAUCAGCUGUCGCGCCACUCUCAAAUACGCCAUCAAAACAGCCCACCCCAGGUACUUCAAUCAGCUCUCUACAGGAUUAGACAUGGUCGGACUGGCAGCCGAUUGGCUAACAUCCACUGCCAACACCAAUAUGUUCACCUAUGAGGUGGCUCCUGUCUUUGUGCUGCUGGAAUACGUCACUCUGAAGAAGAUGAGGGAGAUCAUUGGCUGGACGGAUGGGCGAGGAGAUGGCAUUUUCUCUCCUGGUGGUGCUAUUUCUAAUAUGUAUGCCAUGCUGCUGGCUCGCUUCAAGAUGUUCCCUGAAGUGAAGGAGAAAGGAAUGUCAUCUGUUCCCAGACUGGUGGCCUUCACAUCCGAACACAGCCAUUUUUCAAUCAAAAAAGGUGCCGCAGCUCUCGGCAUCGGCACAGAGAGUGUGAUCUGCAUCAAAGUAGAUGAAAGCGGUAAAAUGAUCCCAGCUGACCUUGAGAGGAGAAUACUGGAGGCCAAACAGAAGGGUUUUGUCCCUUUCUUUGUGAGUGCGACUGCUGGAACAACAGUGUACGGAGCCUUUGACCCUCUCAUCGCCAUUUCUGACAUCUGCAAAAAGUACAACGUCUGGAUGCACGUGGACGGUGCGUGGGGAGGAAGUCUCCUCAUGUCCCGGAGACACAGGUGGAAGCUGGACGGAGUUGACAGGGCCAAUUCAGUCACAUGGAACCCACACAAGAUGAUGUCCGUCCCUCUGCAGUGUUCAGCCCUGCUGGUCAGAGAGGAGGGUCUGAUGCAGAACUGCAACCAGAUGCACGCCUGCUACCUGUUCCAGCAGGACAAACACUACGACCUCUCCUACGACACCGGAGACAAAGCGCUGCAGUGCGGACGCCACGUGGACAUCUUCAAACUGUGGCUCAUGUGGAGAGCUAAGGGCACCAUUGGAUUCGAGGCUCAGAUUGACAAGUGUCUGGAGCUGUCGGAGUACCUCUACAACAAGAUCAAAGACAGAGAAGGAUACGAGAUGGUCUUCGACGGGAAACCUCAGCACACCAACGUCUGCUUCUGGUAUCUCCCUCCUGGGAUCCGCUACAUGGAGGACAAAGAGGAGAGAAAGAAACACUUGCACAAGGUGGCUCCGGUGAUAAAAGCCAGGAUGAUGGAGUAUGGGACAACCAUGGUCAGCUACCAACCACAAGGAGACAAGGUCAACUUUUUCCGCAUGGUGAUCUCAAAUCCGGCCGCUACCUUCGAGGACAUCGACUUUCUUAUUGAGGAGAUUGAACGACUCGGCCAGGAUCUAUAAGACUCAUCUCACCAAAUCCCUCCUGUACUUUCCCCCCCUUGACGGAUGAAUUGUUUGUCGUGAAUGUACUGGUAAACUUUUUUUCUUUCUCUCUCUCUUUCCUCCAAAGUCACAUAUUUAAGAGUAUAUUUGAGAAAAAAGAUAUAUCCAUAUAUUAUGUAUCGUAGCUUUGCCGUGGACUGACUUGGUCCAAAGUGCUUCUGUCUGCCUUUUCCUAAAGUGUAGUAGACCCCAGAGUAGUGUAAGUGACGUAACUUUAUAUGUACUUUUUGUGAUAUGAAAUGCUUGUGCAAUAGGUCGAUGAGGGAGAGUUUUAUUUUUGAAUCAUUUCUCAUUUGCCGGGUAUGUUGUUAAGUGCCAAACGUGGUUGUGUUCUAUUGUAACUUUACAUUUUUAAACUUCUGGUUUAAAACAAAAAAAAAAGCACUUCACCUUACCUCAGCUUAAUCAAACUGCCUUUACAUCUGCACAUAGUACUCCAAGCAUCCAUAUUCUCCUGCACAUGUUAAAUCCCAACUAGAGCAGAGCUACAAUAGGAAACAUGGAGGCAUUUUCAUCCAAAUUACACACAGCAAAGUCAACUCAGAGUGUUUAUGAAUGCGUGUCGAUCCAUCGUGCAUCACAUCAGCCUUUGACAGUUCUUGGUCCGAAGCUUAUAACGCUAAUUUAAUAUCGCAGCUUAUUACUUCUAACACUUUCUACUCUUUUUCUAGUGUAUUUAAAGUGGUAAAAGGCUCGUUAAACCCAUUUUGUUUGAUGUCACCAGCUACACGCAUAUAUAUUAAAAUGGGUCCCAUUUCCAGUCAGGCUGUAUAUUUAGCUGUGCUGAGUGUGCUUUACAUGUCGUAGUGAUGAUCUAAAAUGAGAAUAUCUAACUUUUAAGAGGUGGCCUAAAGUUAUAAUCCUUAAUUUGAUAACCCAUUUUUAGCUGCAAUUAAUGACCAGCACUUCUUUAGCCAUUCAAACUAGUUGGGGUUUAGUGAAGUUAGUGGCCUUUACCACUUGACAUUCAAACUGUGCAGCCAAGCACAUGCGGACAUUUUAUUUUAUGACCUAUUGGAUCAAAAUUCUGAUUCUGUUUGUACGCAAUUUUCUUGUUUUAGGGGGAAUUAUUGUGCAUGGGAAGUUAGGCUGGAGAAUUGGAAACCGCCAAGGGGACCCCGACUCCAAGGGGCCAGCAAAGCCCUGAGUUCACUGCAGGUCAUCUGGUUUUGAUGUUGGACAGAUCUAAAGUCCCGCCCCCUUGUUUCUGUUGCUAUUUUAGCCUGGUUCCAUUGAGAUGCUGCAAUGUUUGUGAUAGAUUCUGGGCGUUCAAGAAACCAAGAGUGAAGACUGCAUGUUUUUCCUGCUGGGAUGCUAGAAGUCGUGUAUACCCAAAUAAAUAUCACCAAAAGUUACUUCAGGGUGGAAUGUAAUCUCACAGAGAAAUUACAAACAAUGUAAGCCUUGAUCUUUUAUAGGAAAUGAUUCUACAUGCCUUAAAAAUGUAACGGCAACCAACCUAUCUGUCCUUUUCUAUCUCUUUACAAUACAGAUAAAGGAAGUAUAGCUCACCAGUUAUCUAACGUUUGGUAACGUUAGCUCGCUUAAGAUGUGUCUAUAUGUAAUGUAAUGUGUCUGUGAAGAUUGUGGCAGCUACUCCGAGCUCGCUCAGCUGUUAUUGGAGCACAGAGUAAAAAGGGGCGGGACUCAGAAAGGGUCAGUUUGAUGAAUUGCAAAUUUGCGCACUAACAACGAUAUCAAUGGACCCUGCACCGUUAGCUAAUCCAUGCUAAAUUUUGUCUUGCAAAAAGACGAUUUGUCAAGGUCUAGUAUUUACUUGACUUUUAAUCGAUUUAUAUGUUGCUCGCAUGAUGCAUAUUCCUGAUAAUCAUUAGAUUGACACUAAUUAAUACAAAUUAGGUAUUUUCCAGCAUUGUAUGGGUUGCAGUGGACUUUAUGGGAACAUGGUCACAUGACCUGCAGUACCGACUUUGGCCACAACUCUAAAAUCCCCGUGCAGCCCUUGGCGGUUUUGUUGCACGCUUCCUGUUAUCACAAUGACAUUUUAAGGAUUAUAACUUCAAAGAUGUAAAACCUCUCAUCAUACAGGACCAUAAUGAGAGAAGCGGUUUUGUCAGUGGUGUUUUCGGAUGAGCACUUAAAGAAAGAUCAAGGAUCUUUAACGGAAAACUGGGAACGGGGCAAUAAUGGUGUUCAGUCAGAUUCUAGGAAUUUCAUCAGACUUGCAGCAACUGCAUACUGUACCUGACAUCACUUGCACUAAAUCAUCGGGAGGAAGAGCAUUGCAACUGAGAUUUCUUCUUUAUUCAUUCACAAGCAAUAUUUGAGUAUGGGUCCAAUCUAUAAACCCUGCAAAAAUAUGGAAAGAAGCGGUGAAUUCAAGUGUACAAUAGUUAACGAUAAUCAAGUUUGCUGCUAGUUGGCAAAAAAAAACAUAAACUAAAAAAAAAAAAACAUGCUUACUGUAGGCGGGUUAGUGGCUGGAGCGUGAACCCUGAGGUUCUGUAGCAUUUUCAUUAGAACAAGUUAGAAAAGCACAAUUUGCUCAACACGGUCGCUCAGUGUACAAUCACUUUUGAUCAUAGAUUGUAAAUAGUAUUUCAAGAUGUCCUAAGUACAUAUCUUUGUGUAUACAUAAGUGUAUAUAAGACAUAUAACCAGAGACUAUUUGUGAGGUAAAGUUAUUCAUAUUUUCUCUAUCUCCAAUAUAGAUUACUUGUAUUUUCAUCCUGUUUGUCCAAAAAGGCUUUUUUCCUGUGCGUAUGUUUGUGUGUCAGAUACUUGACUUGGUUUGUGACUCUUCUAGCUAUUUCAAAGAAAACGUGUUUCAGG